UCGUGUAGUCAAAUGGUAAAACUUAGUGUGAAGUGUUAGUGCAGAGCGAAUAUCGGCUAUCAUAAUCAACGAGUUUUAAAAGAGGAGCAAUUCUACGCGCAAUCGAGGGCACCAGUAGUCCAGCAUUCAGCUGUCGUGGAGCGGAUAUCCAGGAUUUGAGGCUACCGGAGGAUUGUUCCCGCCAUUUGGAACCCGUAUCUCAACUUCACUCGGACUCCCUGAUGAAAAUCAUCUUAUUAAUCUUCAUCCACCUGAUAAAUGCGACUACAUAUAAGGAAAUAUCGAAUAACAAUGGCAUGGUGGCCAUAAAAACAAAAACAUAUUGCUCAGCAACUACCGGCAUCAAUGGCGGACAAGCGAUGGUACUUGUGAAGACCCCAGUACUAGACGACAAGGACUUCGACCUCCUGGAGCUCCACACGUUGAAGGUCAACAAUUCGAGGAUAAAAACCGACAUAAACCUGGUGGCAAAGCACGGCAAUCUGAUCUACGCCCAAACGACAAAAUGCGACAUUUGUGAAGGUACCAAGCUGAUCGAGGACGAAUGCAUCCAUAAUAUCUUAACGCAUCAAACACCAAAAUGCACACUCUAAACCUCUUCAGAAGUCAAACUACACGUACAACGAGGAGCAAAACUUCAUGCUGCGGAUUCAAAACCUGGAAGAAUUGAGCAUGAUCCAGCUUUCCUUUAACAGCACACAUAAAAGGGUAACUUUUGGAGGGCUAGCCCUCCUGAUUUUAACAUUUUUCUGUUUCGUCAUUGCUUUUCUUUACAAGAAAACUCACAAGAAGGAUGCCAAAAAGAACCACGUCGAGGCACGGAUGCUUAGAACAAAGAAGCUAGAAGAAGUAGAAGCAACCGAUGGUUCGAACAGUCAAACAACAAGAAAGGACCCCGGACAGAAGCGUCUGAAACUCAUCCCAGAACCAAGGUUCGAGCUCCUGAAACAUCAAACGAGGACGCUUGAUACUUGAGGGGGGAGGCGUUAGGAUCAGAGUUGCCCACGUGCCAUCCCAUCAGAACGAGCCAUCGACCGGCCCAUCGAUCGAUGCAACGUAAAAGUGAUGACCCAGGGAAUUAUCCAGCUGAGGUGGCAACGUGCGCAAAGCCAAGCGAACGACAACGGAUCGGACGACAUCGAUGCAGACUUUGACCGGGACCGUUUUGCUGAGUUGAUAGAUUUAGUUAAUAAAAGGUUUAGCGGUAGGAAAAUUCAAUCAGUUUCGAGUGAGAAGUGAAUGAUACUUAUUGUAACUUAUAAUUAGUGGAAUAAAAUUAUUUUUUUAUUGAACUCUGAUCCUUCAGAGCAUUUCUUA